UCCCCCCUCCCCCCUCUCUAUGGCAGGGAUCCAGGCAUCAUGCAGUCAUCUUGUACACACACACUGAGACAAACACACGCACUUGUGCUCUGAGCGUGAAUCCAGGAGGAAGCCUCAGCUCUAUGGCGAUGAAAAUGGAUUUAAGUGCCAUCAUAGAGCAGAUGGAAACGGGAGAGCAGGACACAGCUCUUACUGCUCUACAGAGCUACAACACGGAGAUGAACCAGUGCUUUACAUUCAGCAGGGAAAAGGAGCACGAAAGAGAGGAAGGGGUUUUACAGAAGCAUCUGGGGGAGUUGGUGCUCUGUUUCCUCAGUAGGGAGUUGCAGCCGUCUUGUCAGCUGGCAUGUCUAGAAACGCUUCGCAUCCUGACCAGAGACAAAGACUGCCUGGACCCCUUCAUCAAUCGCUCUGCCAUGUCUACUCUUGCCCGCUACGCUGGCAUCGCUGUGGCCAGCACUGCCACACAUGGCCACUGCAAACUGAAUGAGGGCCAAGUCGAGGGUGAGGAGGAAGAUGCAGAGGAAGUAUCGAGUGAGUUGAUAAAGGGAGGCUCCCCUCCGUCAGAGAGUCCUGACCAGGAAGUGAUUGUCGAGGCUCUCAAGUCCAUAUGUAACAUCCUGCUACACAACGAGACGGGACAGGUAAUUGCAGCUGAUCUGCAGCUGAUAAAGGGCGUGUCGGAGAGGCUGAAGCAGUGUCAUGAUCCCACCUGGAACCACGAGGUGCGGUUCUUUGACUUGCGCCUCACCUUUCUGCUGACUGCCCUCAGGGUGGACGUAAGGGCACAGCUAGCACAGGAGCUUCAUGGGAUCAGUCUGCUAGGCAACCAGUUGGAUGUGACACUGGGCCUGUGUUGGCCAGACACAUUGGAGACGGCCAGAGCAGGGUUAGAGAACAUCCCACCUGAAGAACUACCCCCUCUGAGCCGGCAACAAAUAGAACUAGCCAUGGAAAUUCUGAAAAUACUAUUCAACAUCACGUUUGACACAGCAAGACGUAAGGUUGAUGAGGGCCAUAAGCUGAGAGAGACCCUUCUCCCAUCACUGAACUUGCUGACUGAGAGCGGACGCAUCCAUAGAGAGACCAGGAAGUUCCUCAGGUCAAAGGUGCUACCUCCACUGCGUGAUGUAAAAAACAGACCAGAGGUGGGCUGUGCUUUGAGGAACAAACUAGUUCGUAUAAUGACACACAUUGACACCGAUGUUAAGGACUGUGCGGCUGAAUUCCUAUUUGUGCUCUGCAAAGAAAGUGUGUCAAGGUUCAUUAAGUAUACUGGAUACGGUAAUGCUGCUGGUCUGCUGGCUGCCAGAGGACUGUUGAGGGGGGGCAGAGACUCUGGGAUCUACUCUGAAGAUGAGGACUCUGAGACAGAGGAGUACAAAGAGGCCAAGGCUCAUAUAAACCCAAUAACAGGAGUUGUGGAAGAGGAGCAGCCUAAUCCCAUGGAGGGAAUGACAGAGGAGCAGAAAGAAUAUGAAGCUAUGAAGCUGGUCCGGAUGUUUGACAAACUGUCAAGGAACAAUGUGAUCCAGCCCAUGCAGCUCAGCAUGGAUGGGAAAAUGAGAGAGAUAACUCCAGAUGAUCUACAAAACCUGACACACAAUCCUGUGUUCCAGCCAGAAGAGCCAGGCAGUGAAGAUGAGGCUUAGAAAGCACAGAAGCAUAAAGACAGAAGUAGCUGUAACCCCUGUGUCAGUCCUGGCAGUUUGAUUUUUGAAAAUAUUCACGUGUCACAUGGUGGAAAGUUGGAAUUAGUUUAGUCAAAGUGAAACCACAGCAUGGGAUUCAGAUUGAAGGACCAUAUCACUGGCUUUAUAUGCGCUUCUCUGCUAUAUACAAAUAUCACUGACCAUUUUACAAAAAUGUGACUUUGAGUUUCAUUUGCAUGAAAAAGCAGUGAAUCCCAGCUCUCAGAUGUUGGAGCAUCCUUGAACAUCAUGUCCAUACUUACAGCUACUACAAUACAAGAACCAAACCAUCCUUUUGACAAAAAAUGUAAAUGGCUGAGUUUUAUUUGUAUUCAGUUCAUUUUCAUAACUGGAAGGUGGAGAAACAGAAACAGCUUCAGUAUGGUCCUUUAAAUCAUGUUCCUAUCUUGAUAAUUAGACACAAUGGAUACAACUCAGCAGGGUUGACUGCUUCUGACAAACAAGAAGACUCAUUUAUUGCUCAUUUUUGCUCAUGGCCUGCUCUUCUAACUGUAUUAAAAGACUUCAUGCUAGUGUACCUGAGCUCUCUGUGUAUUUGACUGCUCAUUAAUAUUUCCCAGUCAACUGCACACAUAGAGUAUGCUGUGAAGUCCAUUGUGUUGACCAUUCCUUGCCCCAAAAACACCCUGACAGAAAACCUGAACCUUAAAUGCUCACAGAGUUGAUGUAUGAUUGUAUGGUUCAAAGUUAUUUAUUUCAGCAGACAAAGCCUACAACUAUGAGCUCAUUCAACACUUCUUACUUGACUUCAAAAACACUGAGAUCAUGUUUUCCCAAUUCUUUGGAUCUGAUUUGUUGAGGUCAUGAGAGUGUAUCUUUUGAGACUCCUGCUGCGCCUCCUCCUGAAGCUGAAUGAGCUCAACAGCACCAUGCCUCUCCACAAACACCCAGUAACUGUCACUCAGGGUAUUCUACAAACCUCCCCAACAUGUUUUCUUUUCCAUAGAGAACUAUUUACAGAAAACAGUUGUAUGUGUCAUUUCACCUUCUCAUGGGAGCAGGAGAACAUGUAUGAAAGCCAAAGAGAUGCUGCUCAGUUUGUGAUAAUGGAAUCAGACAAAAAGAGAUACUUUAGAUGCCUGUUCUUUUUCAUAAAGCCCCUCAGAUGUUUUAUUUUUGACUUGAUGUGAAACUGCUGACAGAUAAAUUAUAAUUUCAGACUGGAGAUGAAAUAUUCUUAUGUAAAGAAAGAGUCUG